AAACGUGGCUGUCAAACGCAAGUGUUAGUACUCUGAAAGCGUGAUCGGUAUUUGAUUUCACCUUAACCAUGUCUUGGGCUGCUGGAACUCUUGUCACAACACACAAUGCCACCUACAUACCACCCAGAUUCAUGCCAGGGUAUCGGGGUCAUUGCCCUACUCUGAAAUAUGAUUAUGGGGAAACAUAUGGAAAUGCAACAUCAAAAUAUUUCCAGGACUAUCGAUCCGAAGUUCUGAAUAGUUCAAAGUUUCCUUAUUGUCGUGGUGGUCAGUUCCCAACAUACUACACCCACAAUCCAGACAUGGUCAUUGGUAACAGGACUCGGACCAGGGACAGGUGGAUCACUGCACCAAAAUAUGAGCUCUCAAAUAUCAACCAUGACAGAAAAGAGGAACUGUAUCAGUUUGACAAACUGGCACAAGGGCAGAGAGAAUUUUACUCUGAUAAAAGUGGCACUGUUAAGAAAGUUGAUUAUUUUCAACUCCCGGUUAAAGCAGAAGAUCAGUUUAAGAAACAGGUGCCAUUCAUGAUUCUGUCAACGCGGUACACACAUGACCAGCAGGCUGAUCAGCGCCCAGAAAACAGGCUCUCCCUCAGAAAACCAAUCCUAAAGCAGAUCCUCCCAAAGCGCAGUGUGCGCGACAGAGGCAUGAGAGAUGUCUAUUUUGAAGAGAGAUAAUACGAUUUCUUUACAUAGUUAUUAGGAUCUAUUUUUGCAGCAAAAAACAUGUACUAGGAAUAUUCUGAUACAUGCCAAAACCUUUCAGCACAUUUUCUGACUUGCAAAUCUUUUGUUAUUGUUUGGAAAUGGUAUACCCUUUAUGACAUGUUUGUGAAUUUACAGCAGGAGUCCCUGAAGAAAAAAAAAAAAAAAUUAAGGCAGUGCCCGUUUUUACAAAGUUGUACCAGUAUUUGCAAAGCUAUGUUUUUCUUUAGUUUAUUUUGGAUUACCCCUGUCAAAAUACUGUGGACAAAUGUACCAGAUUAACCAUUUUGUCGGCUGGAAUCCUGUAUGAAUAAUAUAAAAGUUCAACACACUCUUCCCUCCCCAGAUUUUCGCUUUUUGCUCUUGUGAGGGAGGUAUGUCUGUAGCCUUUGCCUCCAUUGAUAUUUUGGGAAUCAUUUUUUAUUUAUCUACAUAAAUUAUUAUAAUAACUUAUUGUAAUGGGACAAAUAGAACCUUUCUGCCUUCUUUACAUUUACAAGGCAAGUAUUUCAUUAUUCAUUCUAAAUAAAAUAAUACUAUCUUCGA